AUGCCGGAUGAUAGAGGAAAGCGUAGACUUCCUUGCAACAACUGCAAAGAAAGGCAUUCCAAAUGUGACCUCGGUCGCCCGUGCACGAGUUGCAAGAAGGCGAAUCUGCACUGUGUGGAUAACUCCCCCUUUCGAUUCAAGGCAGCUACCCAGUCCAAGGGUGAGCUCGAGUUUGCUUCAGACCAGACUUGGCUUAAACCCCGUGUUCGUGGUGGACUUUCGUUCGUAAACGAGACGAUACACAGCCCUCGCACGUCAUACGACACAACAUGCAAGCGGAGAAGAACAGACUCGUCGGUUGGUGCGCUGCACGAGCCUUCUGAGUCUCCUCACUCCGAGUCUAGUCGUCGCCAUGCCUUUCCGACUACAGGAGAAGCACUCUCUGGGCCGGAGUCUUGCACUCCUGUCGGCAUAUUCCCCGAGGCAUCUCACCCUGGCAUCGGAAACUUUACAGAGGCUGCACAUCCAUCCAAAGACCAUGCCUUGCAUGACACCGGUUUUCGAACGCAGUUUAGUGCCAGAAGUAGGCCCCUCGAGACUGAGAGCAGCUACUCUUCAAGUCUUUCUUUGCCCUCUCUACCAAGACCAUCAUGUCUGAUGAGGCACUUCGUUGAGAACCUGGUAGACCCGUUUGACUGCACUGACAAGGAUAAACAUUUCGCUUACGUCGUUCCUCAGCGCGCCAUGACGUGCCCUGUGCUAUUUUAUGCAAUAUGCACAGCAUCUGCAGGCCACUUGGUCCGACACUGUUCCAAACAGUGGCCAAACAGGACUCCCAUCUUCGACAACAUAACACUAAGCGACUUGACAGAAAAGUCGGUCGCCGAGUAUCACAACUCAUGCAUCUCGCUCUUCAUCUCCCUGUCCAACGAUCCUGCUUGUAACUACGACGAAAAUGUUUUUGCAGCCGCCACAAUACUACGUUUCUACGAGCAGCUUGGCGUCGACUUUUUUGGCCUGGACUCAGAGAUAUAUCUGGGCGUCGUGCGCGCUGUGGUGCUCUCUCAGCCGGACUACACGUUUGGGUCCUUUGACGACGACUAUCCACCACCGAGAACAGCAGACGUUAUCAACCUCCCCUUCACUUCACUCGGAUACUCAGUCUGCCUGGUGGCCCUGCGACAGGAGAUUUGGUCCGUCUUGAUAAACCGACGGCCAUUUCGACUGUUUAGGCGUACGGGUAAAAGUUACAACCCACCAGAACCGGCCGGUGACUUUGAGUGGUCCAAUCAUAUUAUUUUCUGGUGCGCCGACGUUCUCAGGUUCUGUUUCGGAGACGAGGGCGGUCUUCCUAUUGACGACCGAUUUCCCCAGGAUCGCCUGGGGCAGUGGGAGUUUCUGGAUGGAUUCAAGCGGAAUUGGGAGACGAUGCGUCCAGACUCGUUUCAGCCGCUGUACUAUCGAGAGGCAGAUCCUGAGAACGGACGCCACUUCCCCCAGAUAGUUCACAUGAAUGACUGCCAAGUGCUUGGUCUGCAGCACUUUGAGAUUGCAUGUAUUCUGCUGGAAGUUUACCAUCCGCAGCGUCUACCAAUUGGGCCCGGGGCAACAGCCAGAAACUUGGCUAUCGAUGAACUGGCUCGUCAGCGCACCCUCAGAGUCUGCGGCCUGGCAUUGUCGAAUAAGAAAUCUCAAGCGACUCUGGUCACCGCGGCUAUCGUUAUGACCAUGUGUGGCGAGACCUUCACCGACCCGGCAACCCAACAGGUGUUGCUUGACGUUCUCACCUAUAUUGGCAGAGAGCACGCCUGGCCGAGUCAAUCAGUCCUUCUCAACCUACAAAACGGAUGGGAGCUACGGAAGAAGUCGCAUUGA